ACAUCAUACAUACCUAAGCGUCAUUCGGCUUCCAUGGGUUGGCAGAAGACCUUCACGCUGUCUCGACGGGGCAAAGGAUGUCAUCUCAUCACAGAGGAGGUACUGGGUCAUAUCGGUCCCGGCUUGCGAGACGUAAAGAUCGGAAUGCUGUAUCUUUUCAUUCAACAUACAUCGGCCGCUCUGACUAUAAAUGAGAACUUCGAUCCUGACGUUCGUAAAGACAUGACUAUGGCCCUUGAUCGUAUUGUCCCGGAGAGCUUAAAUUGGAUACACACUGAUGAAGGCCCUGACGACUCUGUAUCCCACACGAAGACCUCCUUGAUCGGACCCACUAUCACGAUCCCGAUAACGGAUGGAAGAUUGAAUCUAGGAACCUGGCAAGGUAUUUAUCUGACGGAGUUCAGACACCAUCCUCAUAGCCGCCGUAUAGUUGCAACAAUUCUAUCCUAGGUUGGUCCGACGCGUAGACCAUGCGAUGCACCUGCCGUAUGCUCAAGGUUCAAGGUCACUUCUGUUGAUGGUUAUAUACCGUUCCUAGGAGCGCAGUGACGGGACUUUGUUCGUAUGCGUUGUCUUCGUGCAGAGUCGAGUGUAUGUUCCAACUACAUAAUAACUACACAACGAGUGGCCCAUCAUACAAAUAUAGCUGACCUAUUUCCGAC